CAAUUCCCGAAUUUCGUAAAAUUGUUCGGCUGUUGUAAGUUCAAUUUUUCAAUGUGAAUUAAUUUAAAAAUGUCUCUGAAAAAAGGAUUGUAUCUUACUAAAACUAUAUGUUGUGCCAAUGUAAAACUUCAAAACACGAAUUAUUUGCGACCCAAAUACAGCCAGUAUACAUUGAAUUCAAUAAGAUUUUACUCAGCCGAUCAUAUAGGAGAUAAAAAUAAACAUGACAAAAGUCCUGAAAAGGUGGACAUUUUGGGACGUUUCUUCCCUCAAAAUCCAAUCACUCCUAAUAAUGCACAAGAAAUUAAGAAAGAACAAGAGGAAUUUGAAAAAGAAAACAAAAGAAAGACUGAGGAAAAUGAAAAAAGUUGGAGGAGAAUGAAAAUGGGUUUUGCUGUAUUUGGUGGAGCUCUAACAGUAAUGGGUGGAUGCCUAGUUGUGGAAAUGGGAGCCCCGCGACGUGGUGAAGAUGGCCAGCCAUUAGAAGAUGAGUUCUCUGGGCAACCUAUUGUAUUGCAGUAUCUAAAACGUACAUGGAAAGAGCUUACAUUCUAUGAAAAGAUGAUAAAGGAGCCUUCCCGUGAAAAGUUGCUACCAGAUCCUUUGCCACCACCAUAUCAACCUGCAUACACAUUAGUGCUGGAGUUCACAGAUGUACUUGUACAUCCAGACUGGUCAUAUCAAACUGGAUGGAGAUUCAAAAAGCGGCCAGGCGUAGACCAGUUCCUGCAGACGGUGGCCAACUCCAACUAUGAGGUGGUGAUAUUUACGUCGGAAAACGCGUUCAUGAUAUGGCCAGUCAUAGACAAGCUGGAUCCGGAGAACAAGCUUAUAUCAUACCGCCUGUUUAGAGACUCGACGCAUUUCAUUGACGGAGUGCACGUCAAGAAUCUCGACGGCCUCAACAGAGACUUAUCAAAGGUUAUUGUAGUAGAUUGGAAUAAAGCAGCCACAAAGUUUCACCCGGAGAACUCGUUAAUACUGCACAAAUGGAAGGGGGCGGACGACGACACCUCGCUACUAGACCUAGCUAACUUGCUACAAACUAUCGCGAUGUCAGACGUUACGGACGUACGCGAGGUGGUUUUAUACUACAGCCAGUUCGACGACCCCAUAGCCGCGUUCCGCGACAACCAGCGCCGCCUGCUCGAACAAAUGGAGGAGAAGGAAAAAGAAGGCAACAUUUCCAACGCCCCCCUCACCAAGAACUGGCUGCGUACGUUCACAAGACGCUAAAUAAAGCAAAUAAAUCUAAGACUUCCACUAUUGGGCGAUACCAAACCUUUUUGUUUUUCAAACUGCCAAUCUUUGACCAAACGGCGAAAGCGACAAGAAGGCGAUUUCGCGAAAUAACUUUCCCAUCAUUUUUUUUAAACCUACAAUCUACUUUUUUCAAACACUUUAGCCAUAGCCAGUAUCCUUAGAUUUUCUUAUUCUGAUACUCUUCAUAAUCAAUACAGAAGAUGAAGAGUAUCUCUGUAAUAAGAUGUAUCUAAUCGCCUUCCGCGACGACCAGCACCGUGUGCUCGAACAAAUGGAGGGGAAAGAGAGAGAAGGCUCUACUUCCAACAUCCCCUCACCAAGAAAUGGCUGCGUACGUUCACGCGACUCUAAAUUAAUAAAAUAAAUCUAGGAGUUCCUCUAUUGGGCGAUAGCAAACUAUUUCGUUUUCCAAACCAUUGACCAUACCAUGCAGGCCGGCAGGGUGAGGAUGGCUGGUGUGGCAGGUAGAACUGCUGUACCAGCUAUCUUCACGUCUGAACUUCACCGUCACUUAACAUCAGGUGGGGUGGAGACAUUUGACGGACCUAUCUAUAAAAAAUAAAAAUACGGCGAAUGCGAUCACUCAUAAACGAAUGCAAUUUUUGUUGUACCACAAUGCUACUGCCUCGCAAUCGCCUUAGCAGUGUUGUCGCGACCAUAGUUGUGUAGAUAUACAUACAUGUAGACUAUACUGGCACAAAUAUUUAAACCCUUAAAGCAAACUUUUGGCAUAAUAGUUUGCCUUGUGACCUGGUCAAUAGGGUAAAAAAAAAGUUGAACUUAAUAAGUGCGAUGUUAUUGUAAAAAUUCAUUCGAGACCUUGAAUGACCGAACCAAAAUUACCGAAGCCCACCUCAUGUAUUUCAGCAUAAGAUUUAAAAUGUGAGCUGUUGGACAAAUAUCCAAUAUCAGCUCGCAAAUAAUUGAAUUAACAAGCUAUUUUGAUGUCUAAGAGGCAUUUAAUAAAUCAUUAUGUAUUCAAUAACGAAGUUCUGUGUUUUCAUUAAAUAAAACCAAUGAGAUUGGUUUUGCUGACACUUGGAUGAAAUAUUUGUAUGUGUGCACCAGUUCCCCAUCUAAUUUUAUCAAGAUUGGCUUAGUGACUAGAAUGAUUGACUAUCGAUAUUUCAGUUUUAAUGUGAUUGUUGAGUUCUAACCUUUUUAUUUACAAUUGACGAAUGUAGUAUUACUUUUGUCCUGGACUAAAAUUAAACUUAAUGAAAAAUUUAGAAGAAAAAAUUAAAAGUGACUUAGACAAAGCUUAAAAUAAAGACUUUUUAAAAUACAUUGUAGUGACGACGAGCAACUCCGGAACCCUACACUGCGCGAUAUGCACUUAGCCAGUUUUUUUAUAUUAUGCUGAUUAAGGCCUUGAAUUUAAUAGUUCAAUGUUAUGGUACCUAUCUUUAAAAUUUUACAUAUUAUACCAUACAUACUUCUGUGACGCAAAACUUUUGUUUUACAAACUUAAUGACUGAAGUAUAAUUUAAAUUGUUUAAUAUUUUGUACACUUAACUAUUAAAUAAAAGCAAGUCAUUUGGUCAAAAUUACUAUACUUUUUAUAAAACAUUGAUGACCUAGUAAAUAACUAUGUACUAGGUUAAAGAAAAAUAGAAACAAACCGUAAACUUAUUUUGCCCUUGUUAUAUUUUUAUUUUAAGCAUUUUACUAUUAGGUAUUUAAUUUUUUUUUUCUAGUACAAAUUUCUUGUAGGUUUCACAAACUGAUUGGAUUUUCUUUAGUUGUAGACACUCAACAGAGCUCAAACUUUUGUACAUAGUCCUACAAAUUACUAUCUAAAUAUUACCAUUCUUCAAAAUGAUUUGAUACAGUAAUAUGAAAAUCGAGGCGUUUCGUCCGAGAGCCCACAUUCGGUGAGUUGUAGCGUUCGACUUACAACAGCUACAAAUUUAGACAUCUGAUUGCAAUUUUUUUAACGGUCCUGACAAAUGUUUGUGUACAG